GCGGGCAACACGACUAGAGUUUUAAGUCGUAGGAACGCGCGAGCAGAAAGUUCAGCACGCGUGAAUCAACAUUUUUACCCGUUCAAAUAAAUAAAUUAAAAUUCUCUGAAAUUCUGACAAAUUGUUGGCAGAUUUAAAGAUAUUGUAUUUAGGAAUGGAGCGUAUCGAAGAGAGAAUGACAAGCUCGGAAAUAAUGAAAAAAGUUGAACCACUGGACAUCAUGGCUCUUGAAAUCCCGGAUAUUGUUGAACAUGUCACGAAGUUCUUGUCCAAUUCUGACCUACUGACCUGCACCUUGUUGAAUAAAACAUGGGAAAAAGAGGCUCGCAAGAAGCUCUUACGAAACGUAUUGCUGGAUUUGUCUUCGCCAUCGGUCAAGAAAGAGUUUGCUCAGAAUUUGGCAUGUUACACCGAAGCAAUGCAAACUCGAGGGGCAUAUCAUUCGAAAUUGCGAAUUGGGGGGAUAAAAUCCGUCCAUGAAAGCAACGUUCUGUGGUAUUUAAUGAACCGGCAAUUGAGAGAGACGUGGCCAUUUUUUCCUGGCAAAUGGACAAAUUAUUUCCUUGAAAUGCUUGAAUCCGGGAUGAACGGACCGAAAGGACCAAAAUGGUUUAGUGAUGUGAAGUCGCCACCCGCAGGAUAUUUUGAUGAGCAGGACAGAUUUCUUGUCUUCUCAGAAUUGAUUGGAUUACACGUGAAAGAGUUAUCCGUGAUUUGGCCUUCACCAAAAGAUGUGACAUACUUUACGGAAGUGCUGAGCAAAUUUACUAAACUAACUCAGCUAGAAUUGGUUAUCACUGUUCCAAUGGAUAAAGAAGAUUUUGAAGAUGUAAACUUUUCUCCAAUAGACCCUCGACUUGCAAGUUUAACAACCAAAUUUCCAGCCGGAUUCGUUCUGUCAUCCGUGCAAAGAUUGAUGAUCAAAUUCGACUACGAUUCUCACAGCGAAUUGGUACAUUUUUUCAUCAAAGAAAACGUAGAAGACUUGGCUGGAUCUAUUUUGGAACUUUGUCCAAAUAUGGAAUGCCUUCAUCUAGACGGUUUCGGCAAAAUAUUUGGACAAGAAAUUGGCCGUGACGCGUCUCGUUUCGCAAAGUUGAGAGAAGUCAACUUUGACCUUGUGGAUGAUCACCAAGUCGGCAUUUUAUCUUUGCCAUGUCCUCUUCGUGUUAUCCACGUGCAUUUUGGAAUGGCCAACGGAUUGCAGGGACUGCAAGAAAUUUUCAGCAAAUUUUCAAAUACUUUGGAGGAUUUCAAGAUGGGGGUGGACAUGGUCCCGUGGGAAACUUUGGAGCCACAAGCUGGGCGCCUAGCUUUGAAAAGAUCAACGAUUUUUAUUCCAAAAAUGCCAAAGUUGAAAAAAAUUCAUAUCAGCGUCGCGAUGACUUUUACACCCCUGGGCAUCGUGUCUACGGCAGAACAACGAGAAAAAUUGUUACGUUCGCCCUGCCGACCAGCUUACGAUUUUGUUUUUGAAACGGCUACCGGGAACCAGAAGAUUGACUAUGAUUCACAGUUCCCAUGUUUGACCACAAUUGUGAUUAAAAGUGGUUGCCGCUUCACUAUUGAUGGCCCGCGCAAGCACAACGUUUUGCAUGAUUUCUUCAUCCCACAAAUCCAGCCUCCUUGCACCACCGUCCGGUUUUUGGAUAUCGAUUACCCUGCCGAGGACAAAGAAUUUCUUGAUCGGAACUCAGAUUGUGCGACUGGAUGUGACUGCUGGAUUUGGAAAAAUGACAUCACUCAAUUGUACAAAAGGAUGGCAGAAACUUUCCCGAACGUGAUGGAUGAACGGUUCACUCCGUUUCGCAAGUAGGACUUCUUUAAGCAACAGACGACAAUUAAUACUUGUAUUCAUUUCAUCUUUUUUCAUUAUGUUUGCAUUAGUUUUUUUGCUCAUUGGAUUAUUUUUUCGAAUCCAUAUUUUUCUUUAUCAGCUCUUGCUGCUUUAUUUAGUUAAUUAACUUGUUGAAUAAUUGGACUUGGUAAAAAAUGAAUUGCUGUUUAGUAGAAUGUUCAUGUUUGAGAAAUAACUUGCUGUAUGUAUUAUUGAUUUAAUUGAAUAAACCAUUGCAAAAAGGGUAUAAUAAA